CCAUCGAAGACCCGAGGCCGGCCAAAUGAACGAAAGAUAGAUAUUUAUAUUCACGGAGCUCGCAGGUUUGGGUUCGGGCUCCACCAGGCCGAGGAGCGCCAAGCCUCGCCCCGCCCCGCCCGCGCCCGCGCCAACGCCCGCGACAACGUGCGGGAAGUCAAAUUCAAAUGCGAGGGGAGGCGCGGGUGAAAACAAGAAAUGAUGCGCGGGUGAAAUGAUGGAAUCCACGAGCGGGGACGCGAAAGGAGCAACGAGAGAAUUAAUGUUGUCCAAGAAAGAAAGCGAGAGAGAAAAGAGUCCAAGACACGCCGCAGCAGCAGAAGGGAAAUGCAUGGCAGGCAGGCAGCAGGGCAGGGCAGGGUAGGGCAGGGCAGGAGGGCACGAGGGCAGGCAGGCAGCAGGGCAGGAGGGCAGCAGGGCAGGGCAAGGGAGGGCAGGGCAGGGCAGGGCAGGGCACAUGUGCUCGGGUUGGUCUUCGAAAGCUGGUGAAUGAGAAAGCAAGUACAGUACCGAAAUGUGUGUGUGUGUGUGUGUGUGGGGGUGUGGGUGUGGGCUCAAGCUAAGCAGCACUCGUCCAUAAUUAUUAUGUUUGUGGAUAACUAUAUCCCUGAUAGGCCUCGUCGUCAUUUUCUUUCUCUCCUCCUCAUCCUCCUCCUUUCCAUUUCCUUCUUGAUGACCUCCAUGUUACAUCAACCACUGCGAAGACAUCUCCAAGACAUCUCGAUCCCCACGGGGAGAGAGAGACCAACACACGAACGCAGAGUACUCGCGUGAGUGCGUGCGUGUGUCUGUAGCUGUGUCUGUACCUUGCACUGAGUUGUGAAUAAAAUGGUCGAGAGGUUUAUUUUGUGAAUGAAUGAAACAGAGAGUGCUUUCGAAUCGACUGCCGAGUUGGUAUUGGUGCUUAGGUGAGUGUGUGGAGUCGCUAGUGUGGACGGAUGGAUUAUGGCGUUCAGGUGUUGAUGGAGGGUAGAAGCGUGCGUAGUGUCGUGUCGGAUCUCAGCUCGUCCUCGGAGCUGCUCGCGUGGGCUGCGAGGAAGAUGCUUCGGAGUCAUUUACUGAACCAACAUCUCAAAACUAGCUACAUUGGGACCAAGGUGUGCUCUUUUGUGAUGCCUCAAGAGCGUGUUUCGUGCCUCUGCUCACUUCAAAGUCUGAAUGGAUGGCCACUCCAAGCACCGCGACUUUACAUCGUAUUGUGACGAUGCGGAAGUGACCAGUCUGCGUUGUUUCGUACACAAAUGGUCAAGCAUGUGUUUCGGAAAGUGGAAUCCAAGGAUUCCACUUCAGUGAUGAAAAGCUGUGGAGCAUCGUUCCGAUAAGGCGGGAGGAGGAUGAGGGGCUUCUGGAGAAUUCCAACAUUUCUGAAGAAGAAAGUAAGGAUACAUAUGUAAUAAACCGAAACAGCAGAAAUCGCAGCAAGGUCCAAGUGGAGUCUAAUCAGUGGAUAUGUGAAAGAUUUGAUGGUGCUCUUUGACUGAAAAUGCCCGAACCUCAAACCCUAGCACGCUGUAAAUUGUGGCUGAGAGGGAGGUGUACAUCCGCGAAUUUCCUAGAACGCAAAGCCAGAAAGCACAGACACUGUUGAGCUGUCUCGGUUAUCAAGAUGGUCAUUUUUCAUCGGGGCAAGUUGGUGCGCUGGUGAAAUAAUUGGCAACCGCAUUACUGACUGCUCAAUUUCUGUUCCACUGAUCUACUCCAAACAGACGAUCAUCGAGAACCGGAGUCAUAAUUGGAGGAUCUAAGAUUCGAAUGGGGAUGAGUCAUCCCCAUUCAGUCAUCCCGGAUGACUGAAGCACAAGACAGCUGCAAGAUACGGUAGUUAUAAAACAAAUCGAGUUGCUUUCACAACGUACGAUGGUGGAAACAGUGGAAACAGGAGUGGUGUCCCACCAGGCCAAAAUCCUGGGUGGGGUAUGGCAAGGUAGAGUGGACAAGGUGAACAUGGUGGUUUACUAGAAAACACUGAACUGGUGUAGUGCAUGCAAGCAGGUACGAACGUCUUUGCCGAUAAUAGAGCAAUUAUAAAUCAAUUUUAGGCAGAGAUUAUUAAGGGAGCGGCGAUGUGGUGGAUACGAUGUGAGAUUCCAUCCUUCUUUCAUACAAGCGGCGAGAUCGCUGGUGUGACUAUGUUCCUAAAUUUCCGAAGGAGGCUGAGGAGGGCACGCCGUGACAAGUACAAACCACAAACCGAAUAAGUCCGAGCUGUCUGGAACCAAAGUACAGGACUUUGCGACCUGAGGAUCCAGCGCUCAAGCAUUUGCGAUUGAUUGAGGGAGAAGGACAAAACUUCGUGAACAGCAGUCACAACUUGCAGUAAGCAACCAGCAAAAGACAUUCAUUCAUCUCUGCAGACUAACCUUCCCUGCGGGAGAUUCCGCUUCCUGACUUGGCACUUACUCCACCUGAAAGUGCAUGAAAACCACGCACACCAUUGUGACUCUUUGUGAUCUAUCCUACUUUCCUCACAGCAGGACAUGCAUUAGUUACAUGCAUUUUUUGUCCCUUUGAUAGUGCCUUAGUUUGACUGCAUACACAAUCACGUUGAUUCUCGAGCCUAAUCUUGUCCUUUAGUCUUGAAUCCUCAUAAUCGACUUCACAACGCAUGCGGAAUUUUGCUAUACUUCGCACGAGCUGCCUGCCAGCCCUGAGGCCUGAGUGGACUAUCCAAGAAGAUUGCUGUCACUGAACCGAAAAACGCACAAGUGCUCUGCCGACAACUGCACCGCUGUGUUAUCAACCGUACUGUUAUUUGCACGAGCAGUCAACCGGAACUGGAACUGCUUAAUCCUUGUCCCAGGAAUAAUGCUUUCCUUAUGCGUUCUUUCCUGCCUCUUCGUCGUCAGCUCAGAAAAGAGGUCUCAUCUCUCUGUCUCUGUGAGGAGACGAGAUCACACCGGCAUCAGAGAUCAUCAGACUCUAUCCAUAGAAAGUAAGACCAGGUCGGUUGUGAUCGCAUUUGGCGUGUUUCCCAGUUUUCGUCCUCAUUGAGAUGAUCCGCAAUGUACCAUCUUUCUGUUGUCAGAAGGGCUGCAGGCCACUGUUCCCUGCCGAUGAGCCGUAUGGAAAUACAAUAUGGGGAAGGAGUGUGGGGGAGGCGGUUGGUGUGGUGGGGGGCAUGUUUCGUCACUUGCCGGUAGAUACUGCUCAUGUAGAAUGGGUGGGUCGGAAAGUAGUAGUGCGGCAGGGCGAGAUCGAACCUGUAUGAAAAUUGACCUCACGCUCCGUCACCGAUGGUCAGAUAAUCUGAAAAAGGCCGUGAUUGUAGCAGGCCGGUGAUUCUUCCCUCCGCU